UAGUUUGAUGACGUAAUGUUCGGGCCCGUCCAGCCGUGCCGUAAACAAGUUGAGGACGGACAGGGACACGCCAACUCAACAGCGGGUUUCCAGAUAAAAUUCACCACUUUCUUAUCUGUUUUUACAAAUAACAGGGUUCCACAAUGCCAGAGGACAGAUCGCUUAAGUCGUUCAAGCAGAGAAAGAGUUUGGCGACCAGAAGGGACGAAGUUGAGGGUAUUAGAGCGAAAUUUCCCACAAAAGUCCCCGUGAUAGUGGAGAGAUAUCACAAGGAAAGAGAGCUGCCGAUCCUGGACAAGACCAAGUUCCUGGUGCCACAGGAAUUGACCAUGAGCCAAUUUGUCACAAUCAUUAGGAACCGAAUGUCCCUGAAUGCAUCCCAGGCAUUCUACCUUAUUGUGAACAACAAGAGCCUGGCCAGUAUGUCCACAACACUAGCGGAGAUCUACAAAGAUGAGAAGGACGAAGAUGGCUUUCUGUACAUGACGUAUGCCUCACAAGAGAUGUUCGGAUGCUAAAGACACAACCUGCCAAAAGAAAAACUGUGCAGCUAUGUUCAGAAUAUUCUAAAAAUGUCUUCUCUUCAAAGCACUCCCUGCAUUUUUGUAAACAAAGUAUAUCAUUACAACAAUGAGUAUCUGUAGUAUUCUUCUCUACUGUGCAAGGAGAUAGUAGGGUCUUUCUUAUAGUUAUAGUAACUUCUUUUGUUGUGUGUAAACCUGCCAGUGCAGCUGGCCUUUCUUGGACCAACCUCAGCAUAUAGUUUUGUCCACCAUCUCGGAAGUGCCAAACAAAAGAGUUGUUGUUUAAGGUACUUGGAACAAGAACCGUGUCACAAUGUGUGCUUGUUGCCUGCCUGCGAAGUUCUUGUUCACUCAAAGGCAACUUAAGAAAAGGUAUAAAACAGAUGAAUUCUGUAUGAUGUGCUCUACUUAAUGCGAAAAUAGCCAAACUGGAGGAAUAGUAUAUGAAUAGAGUUGGUGAUUUGGUGGAUCCAAUAGUUGAAUGUUUCUUUCCACAAUCAGUACCAAGCAGAUUGAUUUAGAAGAUGUACUAAUCAGAAUUAUGUCUGAUAAUGAUAUUAUGAUUCUCUAGUGUCAGCAGACAAGAAGACUACUUCAAUCUGUAAUAACUCAUGCUGCUGUAUUUUAUCUCUCUUGAAAUGAUGAGAUAGUGUAGUUAAAAGUAGAAAUUUGCUUGGUGUCUCGUAUUCAAUGAAAUUAAGGUGUCAUCUUUCAGCAUGUACAUAGAAAGUAUCCUCUUGAUUAAGUGAGGCAAUGUUGUUUCUGGUCUUUUGUAGCCUGGGUACUAUCUUUCGUAGUUACUAGUACUACUGGAUCUCCCUUUCCAUGGUGUUAGCGAGCAAAAGGGGGAGAUUCAGCAGUAACUUUGGGGGAUGGUACCCAGGCUAGGGCUUUGGAGGUUAUAUCCUUAGGAAGAUCUACAUGUACUUUCAUAUGAUACUGAUAUUCAGUGCCUUUUGUGCAUCAGAUUAUAUAAAAGAGGAAUAAACUUUGUAAGAAAAGGUGUAAA